AUGGUUACAAAAGAUAUGUCACGAUGGUUCAUAUUCACAGCCAGCCUAUUACAUGUUGCGGCGUGUGGACUUUAUACUGACAAAAUCAUAGAAAAUUUGGAGCAGCAAGCUGCUGUGGAGAAUUAUACUGAAAUAAUGAAAAGGAUUGGUUCAUUUGUUGAAACAAGUGAAAUCAAAGUUCGCAGCAAUGACGAAAUCCUUGACAAAUUAAAUAGGUUACAUACGAAUUAUCCUCACAUAACGUACAUGUACGAUAUUGGGAGGUCGGUCAAAUCAAGACCGUUAACUGUGCUGGCUAUUGGGAUCUUCCCGGACAGGCAUUAUCCAGGUGUACCGGAAUUCAAAUACGUGGCGAAUAUUCAUGGAAACGAGGUAAGACUGCCUGAACAUCCAGAUAGUGAGCAAGCGCUUUUUUGUAGACAGAACUAG